AUGAUUCUGAUGGAUAUUUGCAGUGAGGUUAUAAAGAUCCAGAAGCUACGAAGAGUCGUCUCUUACGCCGGAUUCUAUUGCUUCACUGCUGCUCUCACAUUCUUCUACACAAACAACACAACAAGAGCUGGAUUCUCUAGAGGAGAUCAGUUUUAUGCAUCUUACCCUGCCGGGACCGAACUUCUGACCGACACAACUAAGCUGUACAAAACCGCGCUUGGGAAUUGCUAUGAAUCUGAGGAUUGGGGUCCUGUCGAAUUCUGCAUAAUGGCUAAGCAUUUUGAGCGACAGGGAAAGUCACCAUACGUUUACCACUCGCAAUACAUGGCGCACCUUCUCUCUCAAGGUCAACUCGAUGGAAGUGGCUAA